CUUUGGAUGCUGGAGCAGAACUUGGGCAAGAGAUUUCCGUGGAUGUACAGACUGUCAAAUCAACAAUGUCAACAAGUAUAGGUCCAUUUGUUGCCGGAAAAGUCAAAGCAUCGUUUGGCAUAUCGAUCAUAAUUGCAUCUGCUGGAAUAUCACUCACUGGAUGGCUGAUGAAAACAAGUUUUCCUUUCGUACUGGAGAUGAACUACGCAAAAGUACCAACAGUUGCCACAAAAAAACUUAAUGUCGAGCUUACACCACUUGAACUACGACUAAGAGCAUGGGUAAAAAUACUUUUCAUUAUCAACAUGCAUUUUGACAUUUGGCACUGGCGAAGCCCCACAUACACUGGCACCAUGUGGGAACACCAAUAUGAUAUAAACGAUAACACUCCACCAAGAUUCCCCAACUGUGACCACAGGAAGAGGUCAUUGUCAGGAACCUGUACUGUCCGGCAACUUGAUGGAAGGCAUCCCAGUGACACAGCAUUCAUCCUGGAAGUUGACAGUGGGGAUGAAAAUAGCCCUCUCACUCUUCACUAUAGUAUUGGUACUUCUCGAGGUGGAAGAGAUGUGAAGUCACUGGUGGAGAUGAGAGGACCCUCCUUAACAAUGCCCACGGUUUCAUUGCCUCAUGGAGUACCUUUGUAUUGGACAAUAAGGGCUAGGAACACUCAAGGUAUUGAGGCAACGGCUAUGUGCAUGCUCCACACCUAUGACAAUACAGUUCCAGAUGGGAGGGUAGAUGCUGCCUAUCAGUUUACAAGUCACAGAACGGUGAUCCAAGCCAACGUUGUCGUAUUCGAAGAUUCUCCACUAACACCUAAUCACUCAGUUGCUGUGGGAUACAGUCCUGGGGAGUUCGGAAAAGAAAUUUUGGAUUGGCAAAUUCUGUAUCUGGAAAACACAAAUACGAGAAAAGGUGUUAUGUCCGAACUGAAAAAAUUUGCCCCAUCUAAGCCUGGAAAGUUGUCGUCUGCUCCAUUUUCUACAGCUCAUGCAGAUAAUGACAUUGAAUGUGCAAGACUGUGUUUACAGACAGGUUCAAAGUGCAUUUCAUUUGACUAUGAAAUGCAUACUCAGUCUUGUGAUCUCCAAGAAACAGUUGUCGGAGCUAAGGCGAAACUUCGUGCUGCUGCUUCCUAUUUCCACUAUGAAAGACUUGGAGUUGGUUACAGUGCUUUUCGGGACUUCUCUCACUCAAACCUUGAACAUGGCGCCCAGUAUUUUAUAAAUGCAAAGAUCACCAACACUCUAGGAUACGUUGCCUACCUGCCAUCAACUGGGACUCUAGCUGACUUUACUCCACCUGAACCUGGUCCUGUAGGAGAAGUUGUUUCAGAUGUGUUUACAGCUGAUGGAUGUAAGGCAGCUGUAACUCAAAGAUGCAUCGAUGUCACCAGGGAGCUCAAUCACAGAAAAAUCAUUGAUGGGAGUGCUGGAAGAACGGUUUUUGGAGGCAACAAACCUCUUGAAGAUACAAAAUACACACUCGCAAACAACUAUAUCUCAGGAAACUGCGAUGGCUUCCACGACGACGAAAGUGGUAUUUGGGGCUACACGUGGGCAGCUGGGACGUCUGUGUGUGGGUCUGAUGUCGUGAAGUUCACUGAUCCUCACGCUCAGCUGCAAACCAGGCAAGACUGGACCUAUACCGGACUGGGCAAGAACCUCCAUCUGGCUGAUGGUCAGUAUUAUAUUACCUUCCAAGCUAUCAACAAUGUUGUACACGGAGGAGCCUUGGUUACAACAGUGUGUCACUCUACACCUGUGACAGUUGACACUACACAGCCCGUUGUACAUGAGGUAGGGGAUUUGCUGUUUGAUGAGGAUUUUGAUAUCUUGGGCGUCUACUUCAAUGUAUCGGACGCUGGAUCGGGUAUUGCCAGGGUGGACUUUGGUCUGGGCAAAACAAAGUAUGAUGUAUUUGUUAGAUCUUACAGCCGUCAUCCCUUCCUGAACCGAGCUGACCCAUACCUUGUGAUAGAAGAUCUUGGCUUGACACCUGGUGUCCAGGCUUGGGUGCGGAUCAGAGCCGUUAAUUCAGUGGAUCUCUCCACUGCAAGCCAUGGUGAUGUUCCGAUACUCAUUGACUUUACACCGCCAGUCGUUGGUAAAGUUCUUGAUGGGGACAAACUGCUCGAAGAUGUUGAAUACCAACAUAACACUCAGAUGAUCUGUGCACAGUGGGUCGACUUCUAUGAUCCAGAAUCUGGUAUUGACAGUUAUCUCUGGGGUGUUGGAACAACAGCUGGAGCUGAUGACAUUCUUCCAUUUACAAAUUUUACGCAUCAAGUUAAAUCUGGGUGCAACGUCACAGCUCUGCACCACAAUACAACAUACUAUUCAACAGUUGUCGCUUUCAAUGGGGCAAUCAAUCAGAAGGAAAUUCAGGCAACAUCUAAUGGAGUGCUGGUAGACGUAACACCUCCACUGCUGGGGUAUGUCCAGGAUGGUCCUGAUAUUGUGAAUGAUGUGGAGUUCAGUUCUCAGACAGCUACUAUUGAAAGUGCCUGGGACAACUUCACUGACCCAGAAAGCCAUGUACAAGAGUACACAAUGAUGGUAUAUGUAAAUGAUGAACUGAAAAAGAAGUUCCAUAUUGGAUCCAUGACCAGUUACACUGACCAUACAAUUGACACUAAACACAAGGACCAUGUCCGAGUUCAAGUCACAGCAACAAAUGGAGCAGGACUUGAAACUCAGGCAGACAGUAAUGGGUAUCUGGUUGACGAAACACCACCCAACAUGAUGUAUAUACAAGAUUCUCAGACAGGCAAAUACCAAAGUGAUUCCUCACACCUUGGCGUCAAGUGGUAUUUUACAGAUGAAGAGUCAGGCAUCUUGGAAUACAGAUACACCAUAUUUGAGAAGAUUGGCGGUCAGAAGAAAAGGUUUUGGCCAAAGGAUGAGACAUUUGCUGUCACUGAAGUUGAAAAAGCAGACAUACAGUUGGAUUCCCUUCCUCUUACAAAUGGGGCCCAAUAUACAACAUCAGUCACAGCACUCAACAAAGCCCUUCUUGCAACGUCAGUAGAAUCAAGUGGAGUUGUUAUUGACACAACACCGCCCACAGUAAAGAAAGUACUAAUCGGUCUCCCUGGGCAAGAGGAGGAGCUUGAUGACUUCGGAAAUGUAAUCCACAUGGAGGAUCAACCGAUGCAUGUGUCUUGGACAGCUCGUGAUCCUGAGAGUGGUAUCUCUCAAAAUCUGCUUUGUGUGAAGAACAAUGUCAUACAGUGCACUCGAAGUGAGCAGUUUACCAACUAUGGAAGCACAUCAUCUGUAACAUUGGAAGCUCUCAAUCUUAUAUCAGAUGACAAGACUCAGUACGUUGUCGUUAUCAGAGUAACAAAUGGAGCAGGCUUGACAGCAGAAGCUUCAUCAAAGCCAAUACAUGUAGAGAAGGGAAACUCCCCUGGAACAGUCUAUGAUGGUCGAAGUAUCAGUGAAGAUACAGAUUUCCAGCAAGAUCUUUCAAGUCUAUCCAUGUCGUUCGAUGGCUUUGGUAGUGAUGCGUGUGGAAUAACCGGCUAUGACUGGGCGAUUGGAACACAGCCAUACCUGAGUGACAUAAUGCAUUACACAAACUAUGGACUUACGAUGGUCAGCGACAGUUCAGGAUAUGCUGAAAUAACAAAUACAAACUUCAACAAUGUGAAGUACUAUGUUACAGUCCGGGCUAUAACUGGUGUGGAAUGUCCAGACUCGUACAUCGUAUCAUCAUCGAAUGGUGUAACGGUUGACCAUGAAGUUCCUGUUAUAAAUCAACAGUACAGAGGUCAAAUGAUGUCUUCCUCAGUUUUGUUUUUAAACCAAACAACAACUCUACCAAUAUCAUGGUCUGUAGAGGAUGCAAAUAUCAUGCCUGUGAUAUCCUGGUCAAUAGGGAGCCUCCCAGUCUCUGGUGAAAAACACACUGUUAAUAUUUCAAAGUCGGGUCUUGAUCCAUUGGACGUACGUCUUUCAGCAAACAACACAUAUUUCGUGACAACAUAUGGCUCUGAUAUGGCAGGCAACACGGCUUUAAUGAGUUCACCGCCAAUCACAGUUGAUAAAACCCCCGUCUCUAUUAUUGACUAUGAGUGUACACCUUUUGUAUCAAUGAUGUCAACAAUUGUCACUUGUUCUUGGAGGUUUUUCGAAGAAGCAGAAAGUACCAUCACUAACGUAACAAUCACAGCACGUACAGGACAAGGCAGCUCGCAUAUAUUAGUGGUUAGCAGGCUGUCGGCAAUUGAGAGACGCUGGAGCUUUGACACAGAGGGAGUUUUGCAAGAUGGAGUUUCAUUCCUGUAUAUAACUCUGGAAAUUGAAAAUGGUGCACAUCUACGCAGCAAAUUCUUCAAAGAAAUUGUCUUUGAUCAGACACCGCCAGCCGACGGGGAACUCUCAGUAGUUACAUCAUCUAAUCCAGCAUCAAAACAGGAAGUAGUCUGCCAGCAACAAACGACGUACAUGUCUGUCUUUGUGAAUGGAUUCAACGAUCCCGAAUCACAGAUAGACAGGUAUGAAGCAGGACUGGGAAGUGAGCGAGGACUGACAGAUGUUCUUCCAUUCACAAAAGUCACUUUGUCCAACGGACUGUUUGUAGUUCCAAACCUACACUUGGAAUCUGGAGCCCUCAUCUUUGUCACUGUCCGCAUUUUCAACAAAGCCGGUCUGUUCACAGUGAAAGAAAGUAACCCAGUGGCUAUCAGCCCCAAACCCUACCUAGUUGUUUUGGAUGGACCAGGAUCUGAUGAUGUUGAUAGUCAACAUGAUCUGACGACCAUUCAAGGAAGGUGGGGUUACUCUGAUCCCUGUCCAGUGGUAUCAGCAGAGUGGGCAGUAGAAGACAUCACAGGGGAGAUUAUCAAAGGCUUUGAACAAACCCCUGGGAAUGGUCAUAACUUCUACAAUGAUGAAUUGACAUUGGAGAAUAUGAAGACAUAUAGAGUCAUUGUGAGAACCACUGAUGCCCUCAACCGCACCAUGGUUGGGGGAUCUGAUGGGGUGAUGGUCAAGAUUCAGCCUCCAGUUCCUGGGAAUGUUCGAGAUGGCAUUGCUUCUGACAUCAACUACCAGCUUCCUACAAAUUACCUUGCAGCAAACUGGGAUCCGUUUGGAGAAAUGAAUGAUUUGGACCCAUCACAAAAAAUUGAAUACUAUGAAGUGGCUGUAGGGAAUGACAGAAGAUAUAAAGACAGGAGAUCCAAUGUUCAUUUCUUUGAGAAUGUUGGUCUCAACAGAAGUUAUGUCUUUAAGCAUUUAAAUCUAACCGCAAAAACAGUUACAUAUUACAUCACAGUGAGGGCAUACAGUUCUGCUGGAAGUUAUGAAGAAUCUUUUUCAAAUGGAAUCCGAGUUGGAUUUGGAACAGACAUCGUGUCGGGAGAUAUCGAAGUUGCUGAGUACCAAUCCAGCUCCAGUGAAAUACAAGUAUCAUGGUCUGACUUUAUAUCUGACUUUAACAUUCGAAAAUAUGAAGUUGCUGUUGACACUGAAGAAUAUACAGAGUCAAAUACAAGCUUGGAAUGUCAUGCUAUUGUCUUGCAGCCACCUGUGGCAUUUGAGUCUGUCAACAAAGACACAAUCAAAACCAUAAAGGGUCUUCAUUUAAAUCAUACGGAAGUUUACUUUGUCCUUGUCAAAGCUGAAGAUGAGGCCGGGAUGUGCCGGAUUGCAUCCAGUAAAGCAAUUACAAUUGAUACAACACCACCUGAACCAGGACAAGUGAUCAUUGAUGGUGGACGGUCAUCUGGUAUUCUAUAUGCCACUCAACUGCACUCUGUACACAUAAACAUAGCAGGAUUUACAGAUGAAGAAAGUUCCAUAGAUUACUACACGGUGGCAGUAUUAGGGGGACUUUUCUGCACUGAUUCAAUGUCAUUAUCCCCCAAAGACAAAGACGUUUUACGUUCUGUUACUGUUUCAACUUCCGAUGCCCACUUCAACGAUCUCAUGUUAGACACAACCAGGCCAUACUAUAUACAGGUUACAUCAGCUAAUAAGGCAGGUUUGAAGACGACUGUGACAAGUGAACCUAUUUUAGCAGAUUAUAACCCUCCAGUUGCUGGAAACAUAAAAAUUGGGUCAGAUUGGAGGUACAGUUCAAGGUCUUGGGGCGAUACGAACCUGUUACAAGGCACAAUUCUCAUAAAUACCAACAUACACGAUUCAACAUGUAAAACCGAAAGAGAACUACUGAAUAAUGACUUUAAAAAGGAAAUAGUGAUUUUGGAUGAUGUCUUCCAAUCGCACGCUGUUGAUAUUGCAGAUGAUAACCGUGUGAAGAUAUAUGCACGACUUGACCCCUCGCUGCAACUGUUUGAAAAAGGAGGAGUCAAAACAAACCCAAAGCUGCUGACAGAAGGCAACUAUUCAUUUUCUCUUCAGGCUACAGCACGACACAACGUUUCAUCUAUUAUAGGUCUGGUUCAAGAAAGUCUUCCAAAUCCUGAUGAUAUCUUAAAGGCUUAUGCAAAGAUAUUUAUAGAUAAUUGCAAUGGCAGUGCAUGUUCUAAUGGCAACAGGACUGUAGUAACUGAUGAAGAGAGUUGGAACCUUGGCGUUCUCUUGACUAUGAAUAACAUCUCAGAGCCCCUUAUUCUGUUCUGGGCCAAGGAUAAAUCCAGAAUCAAAGUUCAUGAUGUCCAUGUAGACUUUGAUCCAAGUUUCUCACUGAACGACUUUUCUCUUCAAGCAAUAAAUGAUUCAACACCAUCAACAGAUUCGUGGGAUAUAAAUCUAUUCAUCAACGGUCAGUUGAAGGGGCAACAUGCUGGGCUGAACAUUCAAGGAUACGUUGUCGCCUCUGUGUUAUCCUGGAACAAUGAUGGAUUUAUUCCACAAGUGGAUGAUCCGUUUGACCCAUUCACAACUAACCUACUCCUGUCAUCACUGAGACUACCGCUCCCGCAAAUACACCCAUGUAGGUACGGACGGGCAUUUUAUGAUUCACAGAGCGGGAUCAAAGAUAUUUCCAUUGGUCUGUCAGAUUCUCAGAACACAACUGCAAACAUAGUACCUUAUACGAAACAAAUGUCAUUUUGUGUUCCUUGCAAAGAUCUUUGCAAAGAAAGUUGUGGCUUUGAAGGUUCCUGUUCCAAGAGUACAGACCAACAGGGAUUAUCAGUAAGGCAUUUCGAACUCAGCAACUUGACACUGAUUCCCUCUCGGAUGACUGAUCGAAUUAACUACACUGAUUCCCAAGCCAGUGCCUACUAUUUUGAUGUGAAAGUAACUGAUCAUGCUGGUUAUGAAAAACAAAUCAAGUCUAACGCAAUCAUCAUUGACACAACACCCCCAGUGGUGACUGAUGUCACUUGCUUUGAUCCGGAGUACUCGCUGUAUGAACCUGCACUCUACAUUGGAAAUGAUCAUGCUGUCAGUGCUAAGUGGGAGAUAUCAGAGGAUUUCAGUGACAUCAACGCUGUCUUUGUUGGAAUUGGAACAAAAUGUGGACUAGAUGAUAUUGUUCAAAUACCCCUUCAAAACAGACUGAAGAAUGUAACACUGAAUUCAACAAACGAAAGUCUUCAACAGGAUCAAAAGUAUUUUGUCGGCGUUACCGUAAUAAAUUCUGCUGGUCUGAACCACACUGCAUGCUGUCCAUUUGUCAUUGAUAUUAAAUCUCCCACAGUUUCCUCUACUGAACCAGUGCCACUGUUUGUCUCAGCAGAAGAUGUAGCCGGACUUAACGUUUCACUUACUGAGUACAAUGAUCGAGUUGGAAUCCAGUGGGAUGAUCCUCAUAGUGAUGUGGACUAUUUUGACUGGCAGCUGGCAAGUGAGGAUUCAGCAGACGAAAUAUAUCCAACAAUGCGAGUCGGUUCAAACACAACUCGACGUGUCGAGGUCCUGAAGGGAGAUAUAAGUCUUUCUCAUGGCGCUGUCAACGCUUCAGUGUCUGAAUUCCUUAACAGAAACUUCUCUGACGGUCUUAAGAGUGCCGACUUCAAGAAUAGUCCUCUAAUGCUGGAACCAGGCAAAUGUGUCAUCCAAACCGUGACUUCUGUCAGUAGAGCUCACAAGAGAAAGGAUUUGACGUCACAGAAGACCUGCAUUAAACGCAAGAAAGACAUGAUUGUGAAACAGGGUACCAACAAAACACUUGUGAUUGACGGCGUUGUCAUCUCAGAGUCAUUGGCAAGGCACAAUCACUCUGUUUGCACAAUAUCAGUGGAAGUUUCCAGUGGCGCCCUAGCGGUCGGUGUACUGAGCAAGACCGAUCAACACAUGGCCUACGGUGCUCCAGCCGCCGCGGAUUAUUCCCCUUACAUCGUCAGCCCCGACAUCACCUCGACACAGCUGUCCCGGUUUCUCACUGGAAGAGUCUACAGUUUUGUUAGUCCUGCAUUCUACCUGUCGCCGAUCAGCAAUGUACAAUUAACAGAAGACAUCAACGUUGAUUUGCCAGCAUCCCCAGCUGAUGAACACCAGGAAUCAGCGAUCAUUCUGUGGGACUCAGGUGACAAGGUCUGGCGCCAUGUCAGUGAAAUCUGCGGUACUGUCCCUUUCAAGAGCAACGCCACCACGCGUGAUCCUCAUGCAAUACAGAUCUGCAAUUUAGUAUUUAAGAGAAGCUUGACAAAAUCAAAUACACGUCCGAAAAGGGCAACGCUUCCUUUCUCGAGUCCAAGAAUGUUUUCCGGAGCAAUUGUGUCUAAACAUGUGAACAAUACACCUCCCAUCAUUGACACCAGUGUUAUCCAAUGUGUCGAGGACAGCUUUGUGGAGCAAGUCAUCAAGUACCACGAUCUGCAGCAUGACAAUUUAACAUUUACAGUAGCAGAGCAUCCUCAUCAUGGUGAAGCCAACCUCACAGCAGAGGGAAUGCUAUCCUACCUACCAGAGAAAGAUUUUAAUGGCUAUGAUAGUAUUCUCGUAAAUGCAACCGAGGUAUUCAUACAUGAUCUGGGAAUACAACCAGCUACAUUUACCAAGAGAAUACACAUCAGCGUGUCAAAUGUUAAUGAUCCACCUGUCACUUUCUACCAGAGGGACACCCAGUCACCAAUACCAUCAUUUGUUGAAAGUAUUCACAAAGUAUAUGUUGAAGGCAAUCUAACGGAUCACUCUCUGGGUUCGUUUUGGGUCGCAGAUGUUGAUGACCCUGAAGACUUGACAAUCAUUCAAAAGGAUGUAAGUAGUCUGGCAGCCAACUUUACACUUACACAGGUUGAUGCGGCUGGGGAAGAUGGAGAGACAUACAGAAACAUGUCCAUGAUCUACUCAGGAAACACUAUCACCAAACAUGACUUGAAGCUGAAGUCCCUCAAGGAAUUCCACGGGAGCCUCCAGUUCUCACUACUCGCUGUUGAUACGAAUAAGAGCUACAGCCACGCCCUGUCCAUCCACGUGUUUGUCCUCAUCAACACAUGCUACCAUGGUAGCUGUGCUCCAAGAAACCCGUCUUUACCAUGUGAACAUCCAGGCAGAGCAAGCAGCUUUCAGGCCUAUAGCUGUGAAUGUGUAGCUGGUUACGAAGGACAGUUCUGCGAGAAUGAAAUCAACGAAUGUCUGAAGGCCACCUGUUCCCUUCUGUAUGAUUGUGAAGACAGAUUGGCGACCUAUGACUGUGUCCUGAACAUCCCGAAGAUUCUUGCUAUACUUGUCUGCAUUCUUCUGCCCUGCCUAGGUGUUAUCUUUUACAUAAGUCGCAAGUACAAGCAAAUUAAACCCCGAUCAAAGGUCUGGAAUUUGCCAGACAACACUCCAGAUACACAGACGAAUCCUGUAUACCUAGCAAGAUGCACAUCCACCACGGAAGAAGUAAAGCAGGAGACGACUUCCGGGUCGCCUUUCAGCAAGAAAGAAGUAAUUAAGGACAAGACACCUGCUGCUUUUCAAGAGAAUGGCAGAAGCACGCCUGCCUUGUUCAUGGGUCCAGGACACGCAAGCAUGCCUCACAGGAAAACAAUCUACUCCACCCAGUGGAGCUCAGAUAAAACCCUUCCUAGAGUUGUUGAUUGAAGCAACAGUAUCCAAAGUGUCGAAUGUUGCAGUGUUUGCAGUGUAGAUGUUCUAAUAAACGCUAAGCUUCUUUUGUAACUCAUAUUAGAGGAACCCGAAUUGUCUGAGUUAACGCUAUCCAUAUUUCGAAAUAUUUUAUAUAUGUACAUGAAAUGGAAAUCAUCUAAGACACGAAAUAUAUUUCAUUAAGAAAUAAAACAUCUAUAUGGACAAUUUGAAAGUGUUAAAAUUAAAGCUAUUGAUAACCUGUAUAUGGAUAAAGACUUACUUAAGAUCAUAUUUAUAAUGUCCAUGAGAGCCAAGAUUGCUCAGAUUGCCCUAUGUAUAUUGAGAUGAGUGUGAAGAUGUACAAAAUAUAAUCCCACCAUUGCUAGAAAUUGUUCAUAACACAUAUUGCCUUUUUGCAGAUUGAACCCGUGUUUGACAAAAUGCUGUUGAUAAUAUUGAUCAGAGUUAUCUAUAUAAUUAUAUUAGUUGUCAAGAAAACCGAGUGUGUGCCAAUCUGAGCCUAAGGUUUAACUCAAUAAAUAUUGAUAUCGC